AUGGGAGGAGAAAGGGAAGGGGGGAAAAAAGGGGUGGAGAAAACGGGAAGGGUGAGAGACGAAGGGGGGGAAAGAGACGGGGAUGAGAAAAACAGGAAGGGGUGGAGAGACGGAAGGGAGGAGAACGGAAAGGAUGGAGAGACGGGAAAGGGGGUGGAGAGACAGGAAGGGGAGGAGAGACAGGAAGGGGGAGAGACAGGAAGGGAUGGGAGGGGAAACAGGAAGGGGUGGAGAGACAGGAAAGGGGGGAGGAGACAGGAAGGGGUGGAGAGACAGGAAGGGUGGAGAGACAGGAAGGGGAGGAGAGACAGGAAGGGGUGGAGAAGACGGAAGGGGGGAAAACGAAGGGUGGAGAGACAAGGGGAGGAGAAACAGGAAGGGGAGAAACAGGAAACAGGAAGGGGUGAAGAGACAGGAAGGGUGGAGAGACAGGAAAGGUGGAGAGACAGGAAGGGUGGAGAGACAGGAAGGGGGGAGAGACAGGAAAGGGGGGAGACAGGAAGGGGGGAGACAGGAAGGGGAGGAGAAACAGGAAACAGGAAGGGGUGGAGAGACAUGAAGGGGUGGAGAGACAGGAAGGGGAGGAGAAACAGGAAGGGAUGGAGAGACAGGAAGGGGUGA